AUGUUCCGCUUCUUCCUCGGGUUUUCCGCGAUGGUGUCUCACUCACAUGCCCUGGUUUCAUCACUGUUCGAGCGCCGCAAGCUCUUAAAGUGUUGCAGAUGUCCUGCUGCAGCACCCACUGCUGCUCCUGCUGCUACCACUACUCCUCCUACUGGUCCUCCUAUGAAUCCUACUAGUGCUCCUCCUGCUGCUCCUGCAGCUGCUCCUACUAUUGUUCCUGUUUCUGCUAUUAUUCCUACUACUGCUUCUAUUGGUGCACCCACUGCUGCUCCUGCUGUUGCCACUACUGCGACUCCUACUGGUCCUCCUAUGAAUCAUACUAGUGCUCCUCCUGCUGCUCCUCCUGCUGCUCCUACUACGGCUCCUGUUUUUGCUGCUAUUCCUACACCAACUGCUGCUCCACCUGCUGCUACUACAGCUGGUUCUCCUACGAAUCCUGCUAAUAAUCCCGCUGCUGCUCCUGCUGCUCCUGCUACUACUGCUGCUGCGGCUGCUGCUCCUCCUCCUGCUGCUAAAUAG